AAACAGUAAAUGCUUACAUUCUCUGGACAUUGUUUAUUUUCUAUUUUUUAUCCUCUUCGUAAAUUUCUUCAGCGGAAAUAUAGAUUGGUCAUUUACUAUAUGAUACCCAAAGUGUAAAAAACCAGCUUACAGUUGUUACAAUAUACUAUAAGAGGAUCAGUGCUACUACUUUCAUGAAAUUCAUGAGUUUGACAUUUUCUAGAUUCUCGUACUACGUUUGUGUUUGGGAGGCUGGCCCAAGGAUCACAACAAAAGCUGCAAUUGGUCGGUGUGUCUAUGACCUCGCUGCCAUUGGCUAGGUUGUCAGUCGAUUGAUCGUGCUCAUGUGACCUUUGAGUGAUUUCUUCAGUAAACGCAAAGUUUACAGGUUGAUAUUUUAGUGUUGUCAUGCGUAACUAAAUCGGUAAUACCAGAAGUGAUAUUCGAUUCUUAUUAAAAACAAUAUUGUGCGAGCACUGUCGAAGAUGAGUGGGAUGUCCUGAUUGUUUACUAUGUUAAACUGACUUUCAGCUGAGACAUGUUAUUUUGAAAGUCAUGGUCGUGCUGCUGUCUUGGUGUGCAGUAUGAUUAGCGCGGGAAACGAGUAGCGUAAUGUAUUUUCAGCUGUCCAAGGUAACUUCGUACCAACAGUUUGUCAUAUUGAGUGUUAAAUUUACAACAGUGUUUAUCGGGAAAUGAUUCAUGUAAACAGAUAUUUUCAUGGAAAGAAAUAGUAUUAUAGGAGCGAAAAUUUCGUGACAGCGAUGUCAAAUAUGUUCCAGAAACUCUUACCUUCUUUGUUAUCCUACAUGAUGUUGUGCAAUCAAAACAAAGAUUUUGUUGUUGUCUAGGCAACACUGUAUUGCAACAUGUUGUUUUUGGACGCUUGCUGAUAAGAAUGAAGGAAAUUAUGAAACACAGAGACAGAUUGCACGAUGUCAUCUUCAUUAUUCCAUUCUAUUCUUGGAUUUUAACGUACCAUUUAGACAAAAGCUUUUAGAAGUGAGUGUUAUGCCUUCUCUGCCAAGGUUAAAAAUAAGUCCAAGGACGGUGUUUGGCAUUUGAAUCAAAACAUGUGCAUUAGGUAUAUUUACAUAGCUAACACGUUGCCCAAAGCUAUACUCAGUGUAAUGAAUGAAAAGUUAAAGUUUUAUAUAAUUCUGAAGUGAGAAAGAUAGUAUUAAACACUAUUGUUUAUGGUAUGUUACAGGUUAGCUUUCAUCAGCAAAAUAAAUGACAUAAGAGACAAUAAAAACAUGGCUGAUCCUUUUUAUACAGGGGAAUUAUUUAUUGACCAGGGAGUAACAGUGAAGCAAGAGCCAUUGGUAAUGGACAGCACUAGUAGCACAACAGCUAGUGUCCCAAUACCACAUCGUAGAGGCAUGGAUCUUUCAGAUUUUAGAGACUUUGGGUUUGACUUUGUGGACAUCUCCUCACCAUCUUCUGUAUCUCAAGACAAUACACCAAACGCUACCAAUAUUGUUAGUGUCACAGAACUGUAUGCAGAGUCUCCAGUGUGGACCACAAAAUUGCCUAGUGAUUGUGAAACCAGUAGAAGUGAUACAUUUCGAAUGGAUGAUGAUGAUAUCUUCCAAGUUGAUAAAGCAGAUCUUAUUCAAGGACCUACGCUUGCAGAAUUGAAUGCAAAUGAUGAGAACUUGUUGGAUGAUUUGAAUUUUGAUGAUCUGUUAUUGCCAGAAGAAAAUAGCUACUACAUCAAUGUGCCGCCUUUUGCAUCACAGUCAAGGACAUCUGCUGCUCCUCCACUUGUCCAAGUCACAAAUGUGAACUCUAAUUUCGGAAACAAUAAUGUAGCACAACUUUCCCAGAGCCUUGUUCCAUCUUCAUUUCCACCAGCUGGACUUAGUUUUUACAAGGAUGCAUUCAGUGUAUCGUCAAGUGUGCCAUCCAGUCCAUUGGACGUUUUUUUGAGUGGCAAACCUAGUAAUGGUGUUCAGACAGUUGAUGCUCUUUCACCAGGGAGUCAAAACAGCUCUAGUUCUUCAUUGCUUCUGCAUUCAGCAGCAUCGUCUGUCACCCCUCCACCUCUUGGAGUCAGCCCAUUGCAGCAGAAACACAGUACCCUACAUGAACUUUUACUCAAAAAGGAAACAUACUCUUCAGCAUCACCGGAGAGGCAGCUUUUUGUUCAGUCGGUUCCAGGACCACUCAGCCCAACUAACUCUGUAAGUCCUGUCCCAGAAGUGCCAUCAGGUAGUAGAAUAACAAGAAGCGGUAAUACAGGAUAUGGAUCAAGAUUAUCGUCGUCAGCUCCAACUCAUCUUGGACUGGAACAAAUUUGGCAGCGCAGGGAACCUCGGCAGCAUCUUCUUUCUACUGGAUCAUUAGCUGAAGCAGGAUCCACUUCUUCAAUCUCUACAGGUGGUAUUUUAAGCCCCGAGUCUCAUGAAUUUUCUCAUGAUGAGGGGUUUGACUCUGAAGAUGACAGCGAUCAUUAUGAGGACUUCUCUUCAGAUGCAGAUUCAAGUGAUGGAGAAGAUGGACCUUCACGAUCUAUGUCAAAGAAAGAACGUUACUUCUGGCAGUAUAAUGUACAAGCAAAAGGACCAAAAGGGCAGCGGCUUGUGCUUAAGACAAAGCUGGAAGACCCGCAUGUCCUGAAUGAAGUAACAGAUCCUGUAUUUAGUCCUCAGUGCUCAGUUCGAGGCAUUAAGCACAGUGGGAAAGCAAGAAAGGGCGAUGGAAAUGAUCUCACUCCAAAUCCACGUAAACUAUAUAAUAUUGGAAAAGAAUUGGACAAACUGAACCGAAUUAUUAAUGAUAUGACUCCAGUCAGUGAACUGCCCUUCAACGUGAGGCCCAAAACACGCAAGGAAAAAAAUAAGCUAGCUUCCAGAGCUUGCCGACUUAAGAAGAAAGCUCAACAUGAGGCUAACAAGCUGAAAUUAUUUGGACUGGAAAAUGAGCACAAAAGGUUAAAUAUGGGAAUAUCCCAGGUGAAACAACUUCUGGCAACAAAGUGCACUACCGAAAAUCCCGAAAAACAGGAAGAACUGACUAGACAAAUCGAGAAGAUAAGCAGAACUGUGACAAAAUUCAAGAUUGCUGGUCACACAACAGACUUUGUCAAUAAAGUAUUGGAGAAAAUGAAAAAUGGUGUACCAAAUGGUGGACUGGAUGACCUUCAGAGUAUACAUAUGUAAUGUAUCCAGGUACGUGGAAAUGGAUGACAAUAGUGUUACGAUAAUUAUGAUAAAAAGUGUUAUGCUAAUGCUGGAAAAAGUAAUUUCAAUGCCCAUUUUAUGUACUGCAGCUUUGGCCACUACUGAGUAAUUGUAAAUGUAAUGUAAAAACAGUGGCCAAAGUGCUCUUACACAUAUAGUGUUACUUAGUAAUUAGUGUCACUGUGCUGAUUCAAAAAUAUUGUGCUGUAUGUAAAACUUUUUAUGCUCUGUUUCCUUACUAAUUGUAUUAUAUUCAUUGUAAUAAUCCCCACAUAAUGCCAAAUAUAUUGUGCCCUGAGACAGUAUAGAUAGAUAUACAUUGACACUAACUGUAUAUUAAUUCUUGCUUACUUUUUUGACUAUAAUUCUUGAGCAUAAUAAAUAAAAAUGGCCAUAAAUACCUAUUUUGGCUGCUUUCCAUGCAUGUAUGCUCAAAUUUUAAAAUUGUUAAUACUAAUGUACAUGUUAUUUAACAUGCCCAGCUUGGAGGAUAAUGAUGUGUUUACAGUAUUUUCUUGCACAGAGCGUAGUCACAGUUUCAUGUAAUUUUUUAAACCGUGAUUCUUUUGUUUUACAAAAGCUUCAAGCUUCCUUAAUGAGAACAGGUUCCAUGGCUUUAUGCGUUAAAUGUACACUGUAUCUUGAAGCAUUUGUUUGUAGUUACUUUUCAGCAAAUACAUGGAUGUCUGUGCUAAACAAGUUAUUGAUAAGGAUUCAGACACUACUUCACUUUGUUUAAUACUCCUUUAUUUUUAAAUGAAUGUAAGAUACAGCUACAAUGCACGGUAUGUGUAACUAUCACAUGUUACAUGUUCAGUUUUAGAAGUUUCCUGUCUUUAAGAGAAUGCCGUCAGAAGAGAUUUUUCGCAAUAUAUGUUUCUUGAACCUCUACCCUCAGUGUCUAGCCUGUAUUGCAGAUCCUACUUCAAGGUCUCCUUUGUGGAUGCAGAAAGUGUCGCAUUUAUAGUAUUAAUCCAUCUUCCCUUCAGCUAAUUGUCUGUGUAGUGCUCUUCUUUCCCCUGAUUUCCAGUUCUAACCAAUGUUGUUUUCCUCAGUUUGGGGAGUAGCUAAACAGCUUAUAAGUCUACGGAGUGGUGCCUGCUCUCAUUAGCAUUAUAUGAAGAUGCUGAACGGCAAAAAUGGUCAACUUUCUGUAGUAUGGAAGUUUGUGACUGUGACUGAUGUGCAAUAAAAUACAAAAAUAUUUAAACCAAAUUGAGAGUAUGCAGUGUGUUACUUGUUCAGUCAACUGUAUUGAAAAUAAUUUUAAUUCUGCUGUCCAGUAUUUCAUUUUAUUUGCUUGCUUCAUAUUUUUAUGACAUUGACAUGAUGGCAUUGCAAAUAAACUUUUUUUUUUUUUUUUGCUACUGUUAACUUCACAUUGAGAUGAAGCUGUCUGACUGACAGCCACUAAAAAUAGUUGUCAUAUGUAUUUCGUAUGUGGGCUUCUAUAUGUUUUACAUGGAGUGUUGGAAGAAAAUUUUUUAAAUUCAAAUGUUGGUGUUUACUGAUUACGCUGAGCUAUUGGCACGUGCAUGACUUGACAUAAAUAUAAGUUAAUUUUGACACAAAACGAAACAUGACUGUUCUCUAUUAUCAGGUACCGUGAACUGUUAAAAACAAGCUUGCAAAGUUGGUCUCAUUGUGAAUAACAAAAUGCUAAGGUGUCAGUAUUGCCCAUUUAUCACAGUUAGCAUAUCAGUUCGAUAUAGUGCUUUCUCACUACUUCUUUUGAUAAUUCUUUAAGUGAGCAGUUCUUAAUAAUGACUAAUAUUGAAGAAGAAACUAUUAUACACAAUAUCUGGGACAUGUAUAGUCAUUAAGAAUAAAACAUAAAAGCAAAGGCAGAAAAAUGCCUAUUUUUGAUUGUAAGAGGAAGGACAAAAAUAAUGUAUGGUGUUUAGUAAAUAAUGAAGAAAUCAGAAGGAUUAAGUAGAAUUUAUAACAUUCAAUUACUCAAUGUUAGUUUGAUAACUAUAUUCUGCAGUGGAACAAUUAUAUAAUCAUAGAGCUAAAUAUACCCUGUGAAUAUAUUUCAUAUACAUUUUUAUCAAUAUUGUAAUGUAUAUUCUCAGAUAUGUAUAAAUUUGUGGGAAGCAUUAUCUAGUAGGUAUCAGGAAUAGUAUUUUGAUGGAAUGCAAAUUGGCAUUUGGAUAUAAAAGUAUUGCUUCUAUGUGUGUAAACAUUUAAUAUUCAUCUAAAAAUCACCUACAAGACAUUUAAAUAAAUGUUAGGAUUGAAUGGUUGUUUGCAAUUACAUGUAGUAUGUAGAUAAUUAACAGUAUGACGAUACAGAAGGAAACUUAUGUAUGAUUUCAAAGUUGCUUUCACAUCUAGAGUGGAAACUGUAUUUUGCUACUUAUUUUUUUUCCUUUUUUAAAUAGUUAGAAUAAUUGUGUAUAAUUUCAAAUUCCAGUAGAGGUGAAAUUGGUGUGAUAUCAGCAAAUGAAUGCCAUUGUGGGUAUCAUAAUUGGCUCUUUACUGCAGUUUGACACAAACAGGGAAUGGGGAGAAAUUAUAACAGUAUUUUUCUUUUUGUUUUUGCUUACUUCUGGGCAGAGCAUAAAGAGCAGUGAAUAAUAAGGUAAUUUGUAACAGUACAGUUUGCUGUUGUAGCACUAAGAUUUUUUCAUCAUAGUGUGUGACUUCACAAAAUGUGAUAGUGAAUUGUGAUAUUCUAUACAGAUGUGUGUAUUUAUAUAUUCGUAUUUUGAAGAUGUGCAAGGAUAUUUUUUAGUACUUUUUAGAUUAUUGAUUUACAAAUUUAGAGAGAUGUAAGAGGAAUGAAUGUGAAGAAAUAUUUAUUGUACAGUUUUACAGAAAACCACUAUUUUCAGAAUUUUACAGGUAGAUAAUGCUAUGAAACAGUGUCUAAUAGAAAGCUGAAUUUAUUAGUGUUAUACAGGUUUCAGUAUUUGUAAAUAAAUGACCUCUUUUUUUUAAUUUUCUAGUAGAAAAGUAAUUGCAAUUUAUAAUAUUAUAUUUUCUUUCUUAAGUUGAAUCUGUAAUUAGCAAGGUAGCAACAAGGUUCUUGCACUGCUUCUUUUUAUAUUGCUAUCUGAAUAUGGUACAGUAUCAAGCUGAUUUCUUAUGCUGCUAUACUGUCUGCAUUUUGCUGAUCACAAACUGUGCAGUAACUUAAUAAAUAGUUCCUAAAAGUAUACAUGUCCAAUGUGUACAUAAUUUCUGUAGUGUGGCAAUUGUUGUUACAUGUAAACUUAUAUGUAAUGAGACAUUAUUUAUGUGUUUGUACAGUACUUACAAAAGUUUAUUUCUGUUCUGAAAGUUUUUUGUGUAUAUGUGUGCUUUAAAAUUAUUAUUAUUAUUUUUUUUUUUUUUACUCUGACAUGAAUCGGCUAACAUUCUUUGUAUCGUACAUGGCCUCCAUAUCUGUAGUAUUUGUCAAAUUUAUGUAUUACUUCAGAGCCAGAACAUAUUUUUAUAAAGUGUCAACUAGUCAUACUAUUCAGUCAUAUUGUAUGCCAGCUAUGUAAAUAACUAUUUUAAUGCACAACUGAUAAUUGUGAUGUUAUGUAAAUAGAUACAAAUUUUAAUUUACUGCCUUCAUGUACAAAAAUCUUGUUAAACAGUAAUAAAUGACUGCUGUGUUUUGAAGCCAUAAACAUUAUCCUGUUUCCUUAUAUGUGCACAUUUCAUGUACAAUUCUAACCCAUUUUUGUGGCUGAUUGAAUAUGAUUGUUAGAGUACCUGUUCCUGUUGGUAUCCAGAAAAUGCAUCUGUCAUUGUUAUUUCUUUGAAAUUGAACUUGCUUUUUUGUAGAUGAUGUUCACAUUAUUGUGGUGAUGCGUAGGUAGAAACUUCUGGAAAUCGUACUGUGUAAGACAGUCUCUGAAUUGUUGAUUAUCCCUGUGCAAUAUACAGGCAUCAAUAUACCAAAAUAAGUUCUCAGUUUAUUCACAAGAUUUCUAAGGUUGACACUAAUUCUUUUCUCAAUUAGUUUUCACUUGAAGACUAAUUUGUUCACCCAGUCACAAACUGAAAUGUCUUGUAAUUUUUACUCAAAUUUUGGCAUAAUUUUAGGAGGUUAGUGUUAGAGAAGUGAACUUUCAGGACAUACUAUAUUUUUUAUAACAUAUUAUUUUACUCUCAAAAGAUUUGUGGUAUCCGUACAUUUGAACACACAACAUGCAGAAAACCAGGUAAUUAUAGUUCUGUCAAGUAAUUCUGUUGCGAGUUGUUCAUUCCCAUCGUUUAGCACAUUUGUGGGUCAUACAUUUUAUUUGUGCAAAAUUGUUUUUGCGCAUUAUCAGCACUGAAUCCCUAACAUAGGUACCCCCCAAAACACACACACACACACACACACACGUUUGGGUUGGGAUACUGGAGAAGAGAACUACUGUUUUAUGGGUCAAAAACACAGUAUUUACACUAUUAUUCAUUAGUACAUGUUUUGUUCCUUAUUUCUUUUGGAGUGCAUUGGUAGUAAACAUAAAUGACCUGCAAAUUCCAUUUCAACACUGAAGGUCUUUAUACUAAGGGAAUUUCUUUAGGCACCUAGUGAGCUCUGAUUAUGUUAUAUCUUAUAUUUAUUAUGAACCUGGAGGAAUAUUGUUGAUACUUUGUGUUUCCUGAAAGGAAAUCCAAUAUUAGUAAAUAAUUUUAAGAUGCUAAAAAUCCUCCAACUGUACUUUGUUGGUUAGUGUAUCAGAGAGUGUUUUUGGGCAGCACACAAAUUUUGAUUAUUUUUAGAAUAGUGUUUUCCAUUAAGAACUAUAUAAUUUGUUUCAGUGCAGGAAAACUGACUUUGUUUGAAUAAAUUAGUAUGUGCUGGAAUAUAUUAAAUUUUGACGACCGAGUCCAUCUCUCCUGUAUAAAUUUUCCCUCCUUUAAUAUAAUUCAUGUACAUACUUUCCAUGAUUCAGUCAAUCUUGUUCACAAUUUGGCAAACAGAAUUGCUCGGUGUGAAAUUUAAGCUUUACCAAAUGUAUUGGUGUUUGAAAAGUCAGAAUAGCAGCCCGAUAGAAUUGUCAAAGACUGCCAACAUUUUGAUGUGCACAAACCACUUUUACUAAGACACCGAUAACAUUCAGUUGAAGGUUUGUGCUUAGUUUACUUAUUUUUCAAGGUACAGGUGUAUUUACUAUUUUCUGUGAGUUCAAUUCAGUGUUCUUUUUCGGUUGACCAUUAUUGUAAGACGUGCUGUUAAGUCAAGAUGGACAUCCUGCCAAACCAGUGAAAGUGAGGAAAGUAGUAUGUAGUUUCCUGGGAUACAUAGUGUGGACUAUUUUCAGCCUCAGAAAAUAGUUUAAUUUUCUCUUCCUGUUUGGCUUUCUGCCCGGAUAUGGCUGCUUUGCUUUGCUGUCUGAAGCAAGGCUACCCCCUUCCCUUCACAGGGAAGCCGGGUUGUAACAACUGUAAAAUUGAUAUUAAUUAAGACAUUAUAUAUAUAAAUUGACAUUUAUUACCACAUGUACUGUAGGUGAUGUCUGGUAAAAUUAUCACCCCCUCCCCCCCUCUCUCUCUCUCCUGUUCCAAAAUAAACAAUAAUUGUAUGAACAAAUGGACCAUAUUGCAGCAGCUCUCCCUCUAGUUUGCAUAUUUCAUUCAUCAUCUACAGUACAUACAUUCUGGUGUUUAUAAACGAACAAGGUCUUGUAGAGAAAAACGAGCACUAAAAAGUGUUUCUUUGUUAGUCUUUAAAUUGCUUUUGGAGUUGGAUGACUGAACAUUUUUCUUUAUUUAAAGGCAGUAAACAAAAUUCCACAUUGUUGAUAUGUUUAUUCUGUGUAAAGCAGAAUGUAAUUUGAAGAAUGUGCUGCUUUUGGGUUUCUGAAAUCAUAGAAAUACUAUUAAAUAACUUAACAAAUGGAAACACAAUUUAGGAGUAGUAGUAGCUCGCAAAAGGUUGCAGUAUUCCUUCUCUGUUAAUUGUUAACAUUCCAUAAUGCACAUUAAGAACUGAAACAGAUGCCAAUAUUUCCAAAAGUUAACUUGUACAUCUGAUUUCCAGAGUGCUUGAAACAUGAUUCUGGUCUUAGUGAUAGCAAUAUUUUCAUGUUCCAGCUAAUUUUUUAAACAUAGAAUGCUGACUCCAAAGACAGUUCUUUCAGAAGUAUAAAAACUGUGGACAGUUCCUGAUAAUUGUACAAAAUUUGAAAUCAGUUUCUUAUGCUCAUUAAUUUUUUUAUAAUACAUGUAAUUUACAUGCUUAUGAAGUAGUAGUUUUUUCAGUAUUGCUAUGGGAAGUGUCACAGGCAUUUUCAUUAAAAACUGUGGUGUUAACACACAGCACAGAGUAAUGAAAUUAAACUGGAAAGGUAGACACAGCAUUUCAGAAAUUUCUUUUAUGAGUACAACUACAGAUUGAACUGAAAUACAAUUUUCUAAAUUUAUUAUUACAACCACCCUUUUUUUUAAGGCAAAAAGCCACUUCUUGAGGUAUAAUGUCACAGUGACCUGCCAAAUAUACAUUUCAAGAACCAGUAAGUGAAUCAAUGUUUAUUUAAAGCUGUACUUUUAUAUGAUGUUAUGGAAAUUACGUGUUCAGUUGGUCUCUAUAGGAAGAAACCACUUUAUAUGUGGGUAUAUUACUUAAAACAGUAUAUCUGAAAAUAGAGGAAUUUUUCAAGAACAUACUGGUAAAAGCCGAUCUGAAGAAUGGGUUUGUCCAUUACCGGAACCAAAUGUUUGUGGAUUUUGUAUUUACCGUAUUUCCCUGCCUGUUUUUUUUAAUCCAUUAAUUGUGUUUCUGUCUGCCUUGUACAAUGGAAAAGUUUUCUGAACCCCACUUACACAUAUGUAACUUUCUUUUGCAACACGUUGUUGUAGUGUCUUCAUUUCUUCACUGUACGUUAUCAUGUAUAUGUGUGUUCUAUGUAUAAUUCAUUUAUGACCUGCCCAGUUAGCAGUGGUAUCACAUGAAAAGUGUUGUAAAACCAGGACUUUGUAACAGGGCCCUGAAAAUUAUGUUAAACAAAUAUGUGUAUGGCUGUGCUUUUGGAAUAUAAAAAUGAAUGUUCAUUCUAGUUUAGUGCUUCUAUUUCUUUGUUGUCAUUGUUCAGUGAAAUAAGGGUUUUCAUAUCCCGGUCCACCUUUUAUUCAAAAGUGUAAACUGAAUUCUUUUUCCUUCAUGCAAAUAUUUAGUAUAGCAAAUGUAAUUUUAGUGAAGCCAACAUUAUCCCUUUCUUACUUCGUCCUAAAGGAAAAAAAAAGAAUAUAUAUAUUGUGGAGAGUGCAGUCACAUUUUUUAAAUUAAAGAUCCAUCAGAUUAUUGUGCCAUUCUCAUAUAAUAACCUCUUUGAAAUUAUCUUAUGUGUGUAUGUACUGAGGAGCCCACUAUUAUGUUGGUAGAAAAUAAAAAUGUUUUUGUUGCAUGUUUACUUUGUCUGAUGUUUGUUACUCAUAAUCUUUUUGUUGAUCUGUAUAUGGAUAUGUUAACUAUUUCAAUACUUGUAAUGCCUUUACAUGCAAAAGAGUACCAUUUUUAUUGACUGUGAAAUUCACUUCCAUUUUUUUAAUGUGAUAAUUCAUGUAUAGCAAACAUUUUGUAUAUGCAACUUUCAUCUGUUGAAAUAAAUCACUGUUACCUUUGAAACAUAUCGUUUUUAAACCACUUGUGUUAACAUGUUUCCCAAUGUUGUGUAUUGCUUACAGUUUAUUUUCACAGAAUUUUUGUUAAAUUUCAUAAGUAUUACAGAUGAACAAUUUUCUUAAUGUUUGUGUAGUUUUUUUUUAUGGAUGUAUGUGUACAGAAAUAAUUUGAUUUUCAGGAUUUUACUAUUAGGUUAAAGAUUUUACAUUACAGAAUUGAAAUACAUGACUAGAAACAGCUUAUGUACAUGUUAUGUUACAAAAGCAAAAUUCGAAUUUUCUACAAUAAAAGAAUAUAAUGACAAAGUGCAUGUUAUGGCUGACUUAUUAUAGCCUAUGAAAAGUUACAAAAAUCGUGAUUCCAGGUACUCUGACAUAAUGAUUAAAUAAAAACUACAGUACACUCUUCCUAGAAAAAUUUGUGCACAUUAACACUAUUUGCUUACACAAAAGCAAAUGCUACAUAUUUCUUUUGAGUCACUGCAAAACUAGAACAGUCAUUUCUUUUACACACAUCUCCAGAGUACUGUUUGCUAAUACACCACAAUAAAAGCUAAGGUAAAAUGAAAACAAGGUAGCAAAGGCCCUCUGCAUGCUUAACAAAUGGAACUAUGACAACUGUAAUGACAUACAGACUUUCGGUACAAGCGCCAGAAGGCCAAGCAAAAUAACAAUCAUCAGGAGAAUAGAACAACUCAAAUGUUAUGGUGGAGUAUGAGCUCUGUGGAACUGACUAACAGCUAUUCAUGCAAAUAGAUGCAUACAGUGUGACUAAAGAUCCGAGAGCAAACAAAUUGAUCCAGUGGACUUGUUAGCAAGUUGUAAGUGGACGUAGACCAGUAAAUGAAGCUACCAUGUUCACACACCUUUUCUGGCAGAUUCUGAGCUGUUUUUUUAAGGAACUGGUUUCAGAGUUAACAAAAUUAAACAGAGUGGAAAGACAAAAGAUUGAGUCUCAGUCUAAACAAAAACCAGAGUACAGCAAUAGAUGUCAAUGCACUAGACGAAGAUAAGAAGAGGUGUCCGACAAGGCAGUCCUCUC